UUUCCGCACUCGAGCUCUCGCACAAUCCUGUCAGUAAUCAUCGAGCUUUCACUGACUCAACAAUGCAUGAAACCGUCAUCACAGAGAAGGCAAAUCCAGUCGCGAUCGUUUACGAUCACAAGAAGAAUAUGCAGCUGAGCAUCCAGCUGAAUCGAUGGCUUUUAAAGCCGAUCGGUGCCUGGCCGAAAUCAACCGAGAUUUCAAGUAUCGAGAGAUACGCGUACGCGCUGGUGAACAUCAUUUGCACCAGCCUGAUCGGCUUCCUCUUCGUACCCUCCGCAAUCUACCUGGUGCUCGAAAUGGAUGACGCGUACAAUAUCUUGAAACUUACUGGACCGUUGAAUUUCUGCCUGAUGGCCGUCGUCAAAUACUCCUCACUGAUCUUCCGCGAGAACGACAUUCGCAGGGGUAUCGAGCAUAUCGCGAGCGACUGGACGAACACUCAGCAUUACGGCGAUCGGAUGAUCAUGAUAAGAAACGCGAAAUUCGGUCGGCGUCUCGUGACGAUCUGCGCAUUCUUCAUGUACGGCGGUUUCACGUUCUAUUAUCUCGCUCUACCGUUCAAUAACGGCAAGAUCACGGAGGACGGUGGUAACUUGACGUAUCGGCCACUAAUGUACCCGGUCGCCAGGGUGCUAAUCGACGCGAGACACAGUCCCGUCAGUGAGAUUUUCUUCUGGAUACAGUGCCUGUCGGGUUUUAUCGUGCAUUCCAUCAGUACCGGCGCAUGUAGCUUAGCCGCUGCUUUCGCGAUGCACGCUUACGGCCGUCUGGAAGUCUUAAUACAAUGGAUAGAACACCUGGUGGACGGACGGGAAGAUUUGUGCGAUAACGUGGAUGAGAGGCUAACGAUAAUCGUGCAACAGCACGUUCGAAUCUUAGAUUUUGUAUCGCUAACGGACAAGAUACUGCGUGAAAUAUCCGUCGUGGAAAUUGCAGGCUGUACAUUAAGCAUGUGUUUUCUUGGAUAUUAUAUUAUCAUGGAAUGGGAGACUAGAGAGAUGACAAGUUAUGUAACGAACAUUACUUUAUAUAUAUCUCUUACUUUCAAUAUUUUUAUACUUUGUUACAUCGGCGAGCUUGUUAGCGAGAAGUGUAAGGAGAUCGGCGAGGUAUCGUACAUGAUCGAUUGGCAUCGUCUACCAGGAACAAGAAGCCUCGCUCUCGUGUUGAUGAUCGCUAUGUCCAAUACAUCGGUCAAACUUACCGCCGCAAAUCUCUUUGAGUUGUCUAUAAGUACUUUCGGCAACGUGGUUAAGACGUCGAUUGCCUACUUGAACAUACUGCGUACAUUAACUACGUAAAACUUGUCCGAGGUAUAGAAAUGAAUAAUACGACCACUGAUUGCAAAUAAAUGUCAAUUAGUUAUCCGAUAUGUAUCGAGAAAAAAGAGAAAUAAAUGUAAUUUUAA